GGUUAUGAUUGGCCUAACUUCAAAAAUUCGUUCAACUGUUGUGCGGUCUUGGCAGGUUUUUCGCCGGCUUCUUGUCUUUCGCACGAACUACCAACUGCGCUGCAACCCUUUUUGCAGAUUCAUCAACGACAACAAUUAUCUCAAUCGUGAGUUUUGAUUGCGCAGACUUCCCAUCGCAAUCAUGGCGCCACGAUCAUACUCCAAGACCUACAAGGUCCCUCGUCGACCAUUCGAAUCGGCUCGUCUAGAUUCGGAAUUGAAGAUUGUCGGCGAAUACGGUCUGCGAAACAAGCGUGAGGUCUGGCGUGUCCAGCUCACUCUGUCCAAGAUUCGACGUGCUGCUCGUCAGCUUCUUACCCUCGACGAGAAGGACCCCAAGCGUCUCUUCGAAGGCAAUGCCUUGAUUCGCCGUCUUGUGCGUGUCGGUGUGCUCGAUGAGUCCCGCAUGAAACUCGAUUACGUGUUGGCUUUGAACGUCGAAGAUUUCUUGGAGCGCCGUCUCCAGACUUGCGUCUACAAGCUCGGUCUCGCCAAGUCCAUUCACCACGCCCGUGUCUUGAUCAAGCAGCGACACAUCCGCGUCGGAAAGCAGAUUGUCAACGUCCCCAGCUUCAUCGUCCGAUUGGACAGCCAGAAGCACAUCGACUUCGCCCUGACGAGUCCCUUUGGUGGUGGCCGUCCUGGUCGUGUACGAAGGAAGAAGGCCAAGGCUGCUGAGUCCAAGGAGGAGGGCGGUGAGGAGGAAGGCGAAGAAGAGGAGUAGAUGUUACGAGCACUAUGAGAAACUAUUUCCGGUGACAUGGUUCCAUGGGAAGAAAGGGUGUCGACUGGUUACUGCAAAUUUGCGACCACGGAACACUGUCGUGGUGGGGUCGUGACGGCUUCGGCCAGAUACCCAGGAAAGAAAGUGAAAAUCGAAGCACCUGUCCUCAGCAAACUCAGCAGAUCCUCAAGCAUCGUUGAGUCUGUUGAUCUGGUAGACAAUCCAGAUUCUACCUUAAGUCAUCACCAUGUUAUCCUGUCACUAGCUUCGUCCGCUGCUCAUGCAAACAUACUCGUA